GAUUACUUUCUUCUCUGCUGCAAAAGGGGUUUUAGUUUGAUCGAAGAGGAUGGGUAGGCUUUUUGUAAUCACUCUUGAAGGAAACAUCUAUAGCUGCAAGUACUGUAAAACUCAUUUUGGUCUUGCUGAUCACAUUAUGUCUAAGUCAUUUCAAUGCAGGCAUGGGAAGGCUUACCUCUUUGAUAAAGUUGUGAAUGUUACUCUUGGAGAAAAAGAAGAGCGGGUGAUGCUGACUGGAAUGCACACUGUUGUUGACAUAUUCUGUGUAGGAUGUGGCUCUAUUGUGGGGUGGAAAUAUGAAGCUGCGCAAGAGAAAGACCAAAAGUACAAGGAAGGGAGGUUCAUCCUUGAGAGGUUUAAGAUCUUGGGUCCAGAUGGAAGCAACUAUUCAAUACUUCAAGAUGCUCAGCUCGGAGGAAGUGAUACCGAUGAACCUUGACUAACCUUCUGCUUCACCAUUCAUUAUCAUUUAGAAUCAAAGAUUUAUUACAAUUGUACAUCCUCUCAACACAAGCAAUCUAUAAUUGCUUUUAGUACAGAUGCAAGUAGCUUAUAUAGACAAGUUUUGCAUUUCGAAUGAUCAA